GUGAUGCACCGCCGACCCUUCCCCGGGGGUAGCGACGCUGCUCCGGCACCCGACGAGCUCGGUGGAGAAACUUUUCGGCGAGUCUCUAACCUCCUUUUUGUUUUGUUUUUUUUUUUUCUCCUCUCUCUUUUUUUUUCUCCCUUUCUUCCCCCACCCCUUCUCUCCCCCUCGCUCCUCUCCCCACUCCGCCUUUUGUUUUCGCAGAUAGUCGGCACACAAAGCUGGUCCCGGACUUGCGCAACGGCGAGGCACCCUGAUGAGGCAGCCUGGGGAGCGCCAUGGAUUUGACUAAGAUGGGCAUGAUCCAGCUGCAGAACCCUUGCCACCCCACCGGGCUGCUGCACAAAGCCAACCAAAUGCGCCUGGCGGGGACACUAUGCGACGUGGUCAUCAUGGUGGACAGCCAGGAGUUCCAUGCACACCGGACAGUGCUGGCUUGCACCAGCAAGAUGUUCGAGAUCCUCUUCCACCGCAACAGCCAGCAUUACACCCUGGACUUCCUCUCGCCAAAGACGUUCCAGCAGAUCCUGGAGUACGCCUACACUGCCACCCUGCAGGCCAAGGUCGAAGACCUGGAUGACCUGCUCUACGCUGCUGAGAUCCUGGAAAUCGAGUACCUGGAGGAGCAGUGCCUGAAGAUCCUGGAGACCAUCCAGGCCUCCGAAGACAACGAUGCCGAGGGCACCAUGGCUGAUGGAGGCACCACUACCACUGAGGAAGAGGAGGAGAGGAAGUCAAAGUACAUCAAGGGCCUCUUCAUCUCCAAGCCCGCCAGCGAGGAGAGUGGCUACACCAGCGCAGCUGGCCAGAGCCUGCCAUUGGCCACAGCAGAGCAGAGCCCCUCUGCCUCAGCGUCCUUUGGCCCCCUCUCUGCCAUGAGCCCCACCAAGGCAGCAGUGGACAGCUUGAUGACCAUCGGGCAGUCGCUGCUGCAGGGCGCCCUGCCGCCUGCUGCCCCUGAGGACUCACGUCCCACCACUGCCCGCCGCCCCCCUGGCCUUGCAGAGGUGAAAACCGAAGCCAUGCAGGUGGAUGAGGCCUCCAGCCACGACAGCCCCCGAGUGCCCGAGCCUGGUGCCUCUGGUGGGGAAAAGCCUGAUGAGAAGGGCAAGGAAGGACCUGGCACUCCAACCCGCAGCAGUGUCAUCACCAGUGCCCGUGAACUGCACUAUGGGCGUGAGGAGGGGGCUGAACCACCCCCUGAGCCCAACCAAGGUCUGCCACUGGGGCCAGAGACCCCCACUGCUGCUGAGAAGCCCCUGGGCAUCUACUCCCUGAUGCCCAACCACAAGACUGAGCCGACGCUUGGUGUGCCGGCCUCGGUGACAUCUGCCCUACAUGUGCCACCGGCCCUGGCCGUCUCCAUGGACUUCGGCGCCUAUGGGGGGCUGCUGCCCCAGGGCUUCAUCCAGCGGGAGCUCUUCAGCAAGCUGGGGGAGCUGGCAGCUGGCAUGAAGCCGGAGAGCCGAGCCCCGGGUGAGCCGUGCAGCGUGUGCGGAGCAGAGCUGCCAGACAACGAGACCCUGGAGCAGCACCGGAAGCUGCACAGCGGGAUGAAGACGUAUGGAUGUGAGCUGUGUGGGAAGAGGUUCCUGGACAGCUUGCGGCUGCGAAUGCACUUACUGGCUCACUCAGCGGGUGCCAAGGCCCUGGUCUGCGAUCAGUGUGGUGCCCAGUUCUCAAAAGAAGAUGCCCUGGAGACGCACCGGCAGACGCACACCGGUACAGACAUGGCAGUGUUCUGCCUGCUGUGCGGGAAGCGGUUCCAGACACAGAGUGCCCUGCAGCAGCACAUGGAGGUGCAUGCCGGAGUGCGCAGCUACAUCUGCAGCGAAUGCAACCGCACCUUCCCCAGCCACACCGCACUCAAGAGGCACCUCCGCUCCCACACAGGCGACCACCCCUAUGAGUGCGAGUUCUGUGGCAGCUGCUUCCGUGACGAGAGCACGCUCAAGGGCCACAAGCGCAUCCACACUGGUGAGAAGCCCUACGAGUGCAAUGGCUGUGGCAAAAAGUUCAGCCUCAAGCACCAGCUGGAGACCCACUACCGGGUUCACACAGGCGAGAAGCCCUUCGAGUGCAAGCUGUGCCACCAGCGCUCCCGGGACUACUCGGCCAUGAUCAAACACCUCCGGACCCACAAUGGUGCUUCCCCCUACCAGUGCACCAUCUGCCUGGAGUACUGCCCCAGCCUCUCUGCCAUGCAGAAGCACAUGAAGGGCCACAAGCCGGAGGAGAUCCCCACCGACUGGCGGAUAGAGAAGACCUAUCUCUACCUCUGCUAUGUCUGAGGGAGGAGGCACAGGGGUGGCAGAGCCAAGCGCCAGAGGACUGGGCAAAAAAAAACAAACCCACCACUCAACCCGCAGCGUCCACCGCCUUAUUUGUUUGCGGUUCUCGUUCGUUGCUUCUUGCUGGAAGGAUCCCAUGGCUCAUCCUGGGGCUCAGGACACCCCAGUCCCUUCUCCAGCCCCACACGCCCCUCCCCUCUGCCCUCACUCCCUUGUUGUGGGCAGCUCUCUCUCCCCUGCGCCGCACACAGAACAGCACGUGGAAAGGACGUGCUUCCCCGAGGGUGUGCUUGGGGGUGGCCACCAUCUCUGGUGUUCUCUGUCACCUCUUAGGCCCCACCAUGAUGCCCUCCAUGGGGGCUCAGCCCCCAUUUUGGGGGGCUUCCACCCUCCUGGAAAGCAGCAUCGCAGGUGGGAGAGGCACCCAGGGAACCAACCAGGGGCAUUGCUGGGGUUGCUGGCUGGAAGAGGGGGUUUGGGGAAGGCAGCUGGGGGCCAGGUGGGCAUAAGGGGGCACUCUGAGGUGCCACCUUCCCCAACCUCUAUGCAUUUCCUUCCUCUCUGCCUUCCCAGGGGUGAGGGUGAAACCCCUGGGGGGAGACGUGGCCAUUUUGGUGAUGCAUGGUUGGUGCCAGAGCUCCCAAUUCCCCGGGGGGGAUCCAUGGUCUUCUGGUUGUUUGUGGCAGCAGAAGAUGCCAAGCCUGGAUUUUUGCUCAGCCCCUGAGUGAGAGGUGCCCAGUGGCAGGUGGCUUCACUUGCCAGUUGUUUUGGUUUUUGGGUUUUUUUGCUUUUCAUUUGUUGAGGGGUUUUUUUAACUUUCUUUUGGAAUAUUUCCGCAUUUAGCACAUUUUACUUGAAAUUACCUCGUUUUUUUGUGACCUCAUGAGCUUUUAUUGAUUUGGGGGCGUGCAGAGGGCCGGCGUGGCAGCCUUGUCCCUGCUGGCCUCCCAUUGUGCAUUAUCCUUUACCAAAACUGGUAUUUUUUGCCUGGCCCCAUGGGGCCAGGGGCAUAAGUUCUGAAGCUACCUCUUGUGUUUGUUUUUGUUGUGUUUUUCCUCUUGCAGGGGCGGCCUCCACUGUUGCUAUCCUCUGCGGUGCCCGUGGCUUGCUAUUUUUUUUUUUUUUUUUUUUUGUCAUUUUGCUGCAUUUGGUUGAAAAGUGUUGGGGGGAAAGAGUUGGGGGUCUUGGGACACUGCUUGGAUGUGGGUCAGAGGAUGCUGACCACCCCCUUGGCUGGGUCUGGGGGUCCUGGCACAGCCUGUCCCACUGCUGCCAGUGCCAAGCAGGGAUGUGGAUGCAGCGUCCUCCAGUGCAACCCGGUCCAGUUUCGCACACGUGUGUGUGGUGUGCAUGUGUGUGUGUGUGCGUGUGUGAGUGCGCGCCCCUUGCUGCUCCGCACAAGUUGUACAAUCUGGGAUGUGGCUGUGGAGAAUGGCUUGUUUAAUUGUUGUGCCUAAGGAGGAAAAAAAAAAAAAGGGAAAAAAAAAAAAAGGAAAAAAAAUUUAAAAAACCAUAAAACUUUUUUUUGACAUGGAAAGUUGCUGCAAUUUCUGGCACACGCACACGGUGGCUGCCAGCCGUGGAGCACGUAGCCAAGCUCAUGUGGCUUUUUUUGCUUUAACCUCCUGUCCCCCCCGUGGUGGUGCCGGGAGCAAUGCUGGUGCUGCACAUCCCCGCAGCCCUUGGCCGUGGCGCAGCCCUGCCGCCCCGCCAUAUAUAUAUAUAUAUAUAUAUAUUAUAUAUAUGUGUAUGCUCGCCGUGAGGACCAAGCGCCUGGUGGGGCGCCGGGCCCCUCUUCCCGCCUCGUGUCGGUGUCGUGAGCACCCGCCCGCCGUCCCCUCGCUCUGUGUUGCCGCUCGUGGUUCGGGUCUGUUGCUGUCCUCGUUCCGUCUACCUCAGCACCUCCUGGAAGGUGCCCACGUUCCCCCUCGGCUUCUCAGAGUAUCUGUUGGCUCCUAUUUUAUUUUAAUUUUGUUGGGUUUUGGUUUUGUUUUGGGUUUUUUGUAUGAUUUCCUGUCUCCCCUCGCCCUUUGCUUCCUUGCAGUUCUGCUUGCGAGUCCUCUCUGUCCUCUAGCCACAGAUGCCGUUAGAUAAAAGUUACCUGAAAAAAAAAAAAAAAAGAAAAAAAGAAAAAAAAAACCAAAAAACAAAACAAACAAAAAAAACCAACCCCAGUUGUGGUGUCUCCUAGUUGCAGCUCUCCACAUCUGCCUUUGUCCUGUGUAGAUUCAGAUACAUUUCUUUGUAAGAAUUCUGUGUUUCUGAAAGAUUUAAAAAAAAAAAAAAAAAAAUAUACUGCUGCAGGUUUUUUCUCUCCAUGUGUCACUAAGUGAAGUUUGUGCCUUCUAUAGCAAAGAGAAUAUUUUUUACAUCCUACUAACGGUAGAUUUUUUUGUAGUGAACAUUUUUUGUAUUUUUAUUUAUAAGUCUCAUAAGGAAAAUAGCAAUGUUCAGUUGUAUACCUUGAAUCUGCAGUUAGAAAACAAACAAACAAAAAACAACCAAUAAAGUUAAUUCCGUUGUCUCGG